UAAAGUGGAGAAAACAAGUACAAUUCCUCGAAUCUAAAGGAUCUGAUUGCGUUGAUUCCUUUUUUUAUUUUUUUUACUGUUCAUGCUUUUUUUCUCUCACCGAUCUUUCUAGAGAGACAAACAGUUGUUAAGGACUGUUUAGAAACCGCUUCCGAGCUUGGUGAUCUGGAAGAAUCAAAGACCUUCUAUAACUUACUCCGUGAAAUAUGUUUUACCUUUAAAUUUGUCGGUUACGGAUUCGUAUGAAUAGAUCUAGAAGGUUUAUUAGAUUUUCUAGAGAAAAUUGUCGUGGAGGUGGCUGAUUUCUAUGGGGAUGGGAGGCCAAGGCUACGGUAACGGAGGAGUUGUGAGCCCUAGACGCUCCGAGCGGAAAGUGUUCCCGGCCUGGGCUAAAGAAAUUCCGGAAUGCGAGAAACAGUACAAAGUGAGCAGGGUAUCUGGGCUACGAUCCAGCGAUGUGGAGAGACUGCGCAUGAUCUACGGCUACAACGAUCUGGAGAAGCACGAGGGGCAGUCGAUUUGGUCUCUGGUUCUCGAACAGUUCAACGACACGCUGGUCCGAAUCCUGCUCGCUGCGGCGGUGGUUUCCUUUGUUCUCGCCUGGUACGAUGGUCAGAAGGGCGGGGACACGAUCACGGCCUUCGUGGAGCCUCUGGUGAUAUUCCUGAUCCUGAUUGUGAACGCAAUUGUUGGAGUUUGGCAGGAAAGCAAUGCCGAGAAGGCACUCGAAGCGCUUAAGGAGAUUCAAUCCGAGCACGCCACCGUUAUUCGCGACGGCGAGAAGAUUCACAAUUUGCCUGCGAGGGAACUCUUGCCCGGCGAUGUCGUUGAGCUCAGGGUUGGGGAUACGGUACCCGCCGACAUGCGCGUCUUGCAAUUGAUUAGCUCGACGUUGAGGGUUGAGCAGGGGUCACUGACUGGAGAGAGUGAAGCGGUGAACAAGACCCAUAAGGCGGUUCCGGAGGACACUGAUAUCCAGGGGAAACGGUGUAUGGUUUUCGCUGGGACGACGGUGGUGAAUGGGCAUUGCUUUUGCUUGGUUACGCAGACGGGUAUGGAGACGGAGAUUGGGAAGGUGCAUGACCAAAUUCAGGAGGCGUCGCAGAGCGGCGAGGAUACGCCGUUGAAGAAGAAGCUGAACCAGUUUGGUGAGACGCUAACGCUGAUAAUCGGAUUGAUUUGCGCGGUGGUUUGGCUCAUCAAUGUGAAGUACUUUCUGACUUGGGAGUAUGUGAAUGGGUGGCCUAGGAAUUUCAGGUUUUCUUUCGAGAAGUGCACGUAUUACUUUGAGAUUGCUGUGGCAUUGGCCGUGGCUGCUAUUCCCGAAGGUUUACCGGCGGUUAUUACGACGUGCUUGGCGCUUGGUACGCGCGAGAUGGCUAAGAAGAAUGCCCUUGUGCGAAAGCUGCCGAGCGUUGAAACUCUGGGUUGUACGACUGUGAUUUGUUCGGAUAAAACCGGUACUUUGACUACCAACCAGAUGGCAGUGGCGAAGCUUGUGGCGAUGGGGAGUACUGCUGAUGGGCUACGAACCUUCAAGGUUGAUGGGACUACUUUCAAUCCAUUUGAUGGUAAAAUACAAGAUUGGCUAACCAGUAAUAUGGAUGCCAAUCUUCAAAUGAUAGCAAAGAUAGCUGCUGUCUGCAAUGAUGCCGGCAUUUCUCAGUCAGAGCAAAAGUAUGUAUCCAACGGAAUGCCUACUGAGGCAGCUCUAAAGGUUUUAGUUGAGAAGAUGGGCCACCCUGAUGUAUUUCAAAAUGAAAGGUCAACGACUGGGAGUGAUUUACUACGUUGCUGCCGACUGUGGAAUGAAUAUGAACAUCGUAUUGCAACUCUUGAGUUUGAUCGUGAUAGGAAGUCCAUGGGUGUUAUUGUGAACUCACGUUCGGGGAAGAAGUCAUUGCUAGUGAAGGGCGCUGUAGAAAAUGUAUUAGAGAGGUGCACUAAGAUUCAGUUGCUUGAUGGUUCUGUUUUACAACUGGAUCAGAAUACAAGGAAACUCAUAUUAGAAGCUCUUCAAAAGAUGUCGACUAGUGCACUACGCUGUCUCAGUUUUGCAUACAAAGAUGAUCUCCAUGAGUUUGAGACGUAUGACGGUAAUGAGGAUCAUCCAGCUCAUGCGCUUUUACUUAAUCCAUCCAAUUAUUCAUCAAUUGAGAGUAACCUCACUUUUGUUGGCUUGGCUGGCCUGAGGGACCCUCCUAGGGAAGAGGUUUACCAAGCAAUCAAGGACUGCAGAGCAGCUGGGAUCCGUGUUAUGGUUAUUACAGGAGAUAAUAAGAAUACAGCAGAAGCAAUAUGUCGUGAAAUAGGUGUAUUUGGACCUAAGGAAGACAUAAGUUCAAAAAGCAUAACAGGAAAAGAGUUUAUGGAUCUGCAUGAUCCGAAGUCCCAUCUACAACAAAGUGGCGGGCUUCUGUUUUCUAGGGCUGAACCAGGGCACAAGCAAGAGAUUGUGAGGUUGCUUAAAGAGGAUGGAGAGGUGGUUGCCAUGACUGGUGAUGGAGUGAAUGAUGCACCUGCCUUGAAACUCGCUGAUAUUGGGAUUGCAAUGGGCAUUGCUGGAACAGAGGUUGCAAAAGAAGCUUCCGACAUGGUGUUGGCAGAUGAUAAUUUCAGUACAAUUGUUGCUGCUGUUGGUGAAGGCAGAGCUAUCUACAACAACAUGAAGGCUUUUAUCAGGUACAUGAUUUCCUCCAAUAUGGGUGAGGUUGCCUCUAUCUUUCUAACAGCAGCCUUAGGUAUUCCAGAAGGCCUGAUACCUGUCCAGCUUCUAUGGGUCAAUCUUGUCACCGAUGGACCACCUGCAACUGCUUUGGGAUUCAAUCCUCCAGAUAAGGACAUAAUGAAGAAGCCACCUCGGAGAAGCGAUGACUCACUAAUCAAUGCUUGGAUUUUAUUCCGCUAUCUGGUCAUUGGGCUGUAUGUUGGAAUGGCAACAGUUGGUAUAUUUAUCAUUUGGUAUACUCAUGGUUCCUUCCUGGGCAUCGACCUCAGUGGAGAUGGUCACACCCUGGUCUCAUACUCCCAACUUUCCAACUGGGGGCAGUGCUCAUCUUGGAAGAACUUUACUGCUGCACCCUUCACAGCCGGAACUCAGGUCUUCUCUUUUGAUAACCCUUGUGAUUAUUUCCAGGAUGGUAAGGUGAAAGCCAUGACUCUCUCACUCUCUGUGUUGGUUGCCAUUGAAAUGUUCAACUCCCUCAAUGCCCUUUCUGAGGACGGAAGCCUCUUAACAAUGCCCCCAUGGGUCAACCCUUGGCUCCUUUUGGCCAUGUCUGUCUCAUUUGGCCUGCACUUCUUGAUCCUCUACGUGCCUUUCCUAGCACGAGUAUUCGGCAUCGUGCCCCUCAGCUUCAACGAGUGGCUCUUGGUUUUGGCGGUUGCAUUGCCGGUGAUUGUGAUUGAUGAGAUUCUAAAGUUUGUAGGGAGAUGCACAAGUGGGUCUCAAGCAUCCAAUACAAGAACUACAAUGAAACCCAAGACAGAGUGAGAAAACUUGUUUGGUUCUUAAAACUGUGCCUCAUUUCAAUGCAUUUGCAAAAUAUGUGUUCUUGGUUUUUCCAACUGCCUCUCUACCAUUCCUCUGUUCCCAAAAGAAAACGCAUCUCCAAGAGGCAUUGUUUGUACAGCUUGAAAGCUGUGACCCUCAACCCAUUGUGCAAAUGAGACAUGGGCUGGCCCUGAAGAACUGCCUAUAGUAUUAUACAUCUUCCAUUAUA